AUGACAACCCCUUCAACCCACCAUCCAGGAGCAUUCCCAACCGCCACAUUCGACACCUGCUGCGAAAACGUUCCUGCGGGUGCGGUGGUAGUCGAUGUGGAAGACCGUGUAGUUACAGUCAACGAGCCAGUUUCUGAGUUCGUGGUAGUUCUAUUCGUGGACCCUCCAGACGAUGCGCCAGUUGCCCCCGAAGCAGAGGUCGAAGAGGAAGCAGAUGUUGUGGUGGAGGCAGAAGUAGUAGUAGACGGCGAUGUUGUGGGUGUCGUCGCCACUGAAGCCACAGUUGGACUAGCAAAUAUUUCCGUAACGGUCGAAGAUCCAGUUCCACUGGGAAGUGGUAGUGGUGUGUUUGUGCAUGCCUUGAUGAGAUCGUCGUCGAUGUUGAACCUUUCGCAUUCGGGGGUGGAGGAGCAACUACAAAAUUCGAUAUCAGCACAUGGAUCUCAAGAAAAGUCCUUUCCAACUGCAGGGUCAUGUACAUACCGUUCAACGAUAUCGCGCCAAUACUUCGAGCACGGUACGAGCACCUGGUCGUUUCCAAUCAAAGGACACUGCGCACAUGGCCCGUUAUCCUGCGCAUACACGGCCACACAUAAGAGCGCGAGGGCGCAAAGAAACGCGUUCAAAAUGCUAUUCUUCAUAAUAGCGGCGGAUAUAGUAUACUGA